CGCUUCUUGCGUACCAGCAAUAAAAAAUUUGAAAGGUACAAAGUGCCAAAACUAUUGUUUUAGUAAAAGGCCUCUUUAUUUAUUCGUUUUAUUUAUCCCUAUAUUUUUGUAAAUACAAUCCAAAAGAUGUCGAGACAUCGUAAUGUAAAGAAUUUAGAGUUGGAAGAGUAUGAUGCAGAUGAGCCAGUGGAAGAAUUGACUGAUGAACAAGAAGAACAAUUUCGUGAAGCCAUUGCUGCUGUCCAGGAAACUGUUGAAGGACUUCCCGUGACAAACAAAGAAAUAGCCGAUACAGUAUGGUACUAUUAUUUUGAUGUGGAGAAAUCUGUCAAUUAUCUAGUUAAAAGCUGUACCGCAAGAGCUGAAGAGAAAAAUGGAAAAGACGAAUCUCAUAAGAAGAAGCCACCAAAACAAGAACAAAAACAAAAACAAACCGUUGAAGCCCAACCUUCCACUAAAAAUGCCUCUGCUUCUUUAAACGUUUCGAUGAAGAAGCUGAAUUUGAACGGAAAAGAACAGACCGGAGAGAAAUCAAAGGAUGAAGAGGAGACACAAACGCCACGGAAGCAAGAGUCUUCAUUGUUGAUAGAUGUUCCAAAAAUUUACGAAGAGUCUCAACCCAAGCCUGUUGUCCACUUAGUUGUUACCGGACAUGUCGAUUCAGGCAAAAGUACCAUGCUUGGAAGGAUUAUGUUUGAACUGGGUGAUGUCAACACUCGAUCUAUGCAAAAACUUCACAAUGAGGCUUCUAAUCAAGGAAAGGGAAGCUUUUCUUAUGCUUGGUUACUCGAUUCUACGGACGAAGAGCGUCUUAGGGGUGUUACCAUGGACGUUGCGGCUACCUCCUUUGAAAGCCACAAACAAAUUUAUGAGGUUGGUGAUGCGCCUGGUCACAAGGAUUUCAUUUCCGGUAUGAUUGCUGGAGCUGCUUCUGCUGAAUUUGCAAUCUUGGUCGUCGAUUCUUCGCAAAACAACUAUGAGCGUGGUUUUCUAGCAAAUGGACAAACUCGAGAGCAUGCUUAUUUGCUACGUGCUCUUGGGGUUUCUGAACUUGCAGUUGCCGUGAAUAAGCUUGAUCUCAUGUCUUGGUCUUUGGAUCGCUAUAAUGAAAUCAAAGCUUCGGUAUCUGACUUCUUGAUUCGGAUGGUUGGAUUUAAAGAGGAGAACGUUCAUUUUAUUCCUGUUUCUGCUGUCUCUGGUGUAAAUCUUAUAGAAAAAUCUUCUUCCCCACUCUACACUUGGUAUAACGGUCCAACAUUAAUAGAAGUUCUAGAUAAUUUCAACCCUCCGUUAAAGGCUUAUAGAGGACCUCUUCGAGUCUCUGUUCACGAUACUUAUCGAUCUGUGAGAGGCGCAACUAUUUCAGGAAGAGUAGAGUCUGGUAAUAUUCAAAACGGCCAGGUUUUGUAUAAUGUAUCUUCACAGGAGGAUGCGUAUGUCAAAGCCGUCAUGCGAAAUUCUGAUCCUUCCGUAUCAUGGGCUGUCGCUGGAGAUAAUGUUACUGUACAGCUGACGGACAUUGAGCCAAACCAAAUCAGUCUCGGUGAUAUCUUGUCCACUUAUAGUGACCCUGUUAAGCGCAGUAAGUCCUUUACAGCAGACAUUCAAACUUUUGAUAUACUCGGUCCAAUCUUGUCUGGAUCAACAUUAGUGCUCCACCGUGGUCGAACAGUUGCUCCAGUCGCUGUAAAAAUCAUAAACGUAAAUGGUAAGAAAGCAAGGCACAUUACCAGUAGAAAGCGUGCCUCUAUGCAAGUUAACUUUUUGGAAGGUUUGUAUCCAGUAUGUACUUCUGAAGAAAGCCCAUCGUUGAGUAGAAUCAUUCUUCGACGGGAUGGAAAUACAAUCGCUGCCGGAAUAGUGAAAACUAUUUUAUAAAAAAAAAAAGAGCAAAUUAGCAACUAUACAACAAAAUUUUUAUUAAAAUGAUUAAAGUAUUGAUGAUUAAUGUAUCUCGUAACAUAAAUGCGA